AUGUCGGCACCGAAGCCUGGCACGCGGAUCUCGGUGACGCCCCGUGGUCCCCGGGCGCCAGUCUCGCGUCUGGCCAGUCUUAAGCCUCCCAAUCCAAUUCCGAUUAAGCGUCCGCAACCGAUUGGGCGCCCUCAACCUGCACGCCCUACCACACAUCCCAAAACCCAGAGCUGUCCCAACCCGGGCUGUCCAGCCCCGCACAUCGUCGAGGAUGACGGACAGAAGGUCUGCUCAGGGUGUGGUACAGUCAUCAGUGAAUCAAACAUUGUGUCCGAGGUCACAUUCGGUGAAUCUUCCUCUGGUGCAGCUGUCGUCCAAGGAACAUUCGUUGGAGAAGGUCAGACCCAUGUCCGCAGCUACGGUCCUGGCUUCCAGCGCGGGGGAGGCAUGGAAAGUCGAGAGAUGACAGAGCAGAAUGGCAAUCGGUUCAUCACCCAGAUGUCACGAGCCUUACACAUCCCCGAAAGCGCUACCAAGGCCGCCGGUCAGGUUUUCAAACUUGCUGUCGGCCUGAACUUUAUCCAGGGUCGCCAAACUCGAACUGUGGCCGCUGUGUGUUUGUACAUUGCCUGCCGUCGCCAGGACGGCAAUACUGUCAUGUUGAUCGAUUUUGCCGAUGUGCUCAUGAAGGACGUUUUCCAACUAGGUCGUACUUACAAGCGACUUCUGGAUGAGCUUCGGCUGGGCGGCAAUGUCUUCCUGAUGAAUCCCAUUGACCCUGAAAGUUUAAUCUAUCGAUUCGCAAAGCAACUCGAAUUUGGAUCGGCUACCAUGCCAGUGGCUGGUGAGGCGGUUCGCAUCGUGUCACGAAUGAAUCGAGACUGGAUGACAACUGGUCGGCGCCCAGCUGGUCUCUGCGGUGCCGCCUUGAUUCUGGCAGCCCGCAUGAACAACUUCCGUCGGACCGUGCGCGAAGUGGUCUACGUCGUCAAAGUCACUGAAGUCACGAUCAACCAACGUCUAGCUGAGUUCAGCACCACAGAGAGUGGUGAACUGACCGUGGACCAGUUCCGCUCUGUACAACUGGAGAAUGCGCGAGAUCCCCCUUCCUUCACCCGAGCACGUGAGGGGCCCAAUUUCAAUCGACCUACCAAGAAGCUCACCGAGACUGCUGCUGAAAUUGAAGGUUCGGUGGCAGAUAGUGAAGCAGACUCUACUCAACCUCCUCGAUUUGAUGCUGAUGGCUUUGCCAUCCCAAGCCUCCCCAUUGACCCGUCUUUGAACGACAGCCUCCCCCGACGAUCCUCUGUUGGCAAAGUUGUCCAGGAAAUCAUUGAAGAGACUCAGCGAGAUGCGGUCGAGUCUGAGAACGUCAAAAUCAAGGGCACUCGACGCCCAUCCUAUCCUGCCCCGUCCGCGGAUCAGCUUGCGUCGGAGGAGGCUCUGGAGGCCGAGAUGCGAGACAUGCUAGCUAAGGGCUCAGAUAUGGUCCAAAGCGUCAUUGCCUCAGAGCCGGCCAAGUUUAUUCCGGACAGCACCGAGAUUGCUGAAAGCGAAUUUGAAGACGACCCUGAGGUUUCUAACUGCCUCCUCACCCCAGCUGAAAUAGACCUCAAAGAGCGAAUUUGGGUCCACGAGAACAAGGAGUAUCUCCGCACUCAACAAGCAAAGGCCUUGAAGCGUGCGCUGGCCGAGGCUACGGGAAAUCUAAGCACUCGCAAACCCCGAAAACGUCGCAAGGGUCGACUCGGCGAUGUUCGGUACCUGGAAGGUGAUGGGGAAGGCGAAGAUGGUCGCAGCUCCCGUGCCUCGACCCCAGCUGAGGCCACGCGGCGCAUGCUCGAGCGACGUGGAUACAGUAAGAAGAUUAAUUACUCUCUUCUGGACACCUUGUACGGCCAAGAAGGUUCUGGUGAGACUGAAGAAGCAAAACUCGAGGGUCGGAGCCACACUCGAAGCCGAAGCCGAAGCCGAAGCGUCGUAUCACGCCGGAGCGUCAGCACGCAGCCAGAUCGUGCUUCCCGCCGUGCGGCUCGGCUGGCCUCUCGAGCCACUCCUGCUGCUACCCCUGAGGCUACUAUUAAUCCUAUCCUUCCACCACCCUCUGUUCCAGUCCCGGCUCCUGCGACUAGAUUGGCUCCUCAGCCUACUCCACCACCCACUGCACCUCAGUCUACCGCCAAGGUGACCCCGAGGCCUGACGCCCAGGCUGAAGAUAAUCCAGAAAACCGAGACCCGGAUGAUAUGGACGAAGAUUAUGAUGACGCGGAGGAUGAUCAAGUCGAUGAUGCAUUUGCUGGCAAUUACAAUGGCAAUUACGACGAAGACGACUAUUAUGCGGCGGACAGCGAUUACGAAUAUGACUAA